GCAUAACAACUGCUCGCUAUAUACUUUUACACCCAAUUUCUAGAGAUAGAAACACAGUUUAGAGCGAGAGAGCAAAGCUUAUUUCAAAAUUCACAACCUCCAAUUUUCCUGUAAACCUAGAUUCUCUCUCUCUCUCUCUCUCUCUCUCUCUCUCUCCCCCUGGCUCUCUCUGAACUAGAUCGAAUUAAUUUUGAUUUUUAACUUAAUUGAUUUAGAUUAGACUUAUUUGAUCUCGAUUUAGAUCGAAUUGUUUGAGAAAUUGUUGAUUAAGUGAUGGAGGCGAUCGAUGAGUUAUCUCAGCUCUCCGAUUCGAUGCGGCAAGCUGCUGCGGUGCUGGCGGAUGAGGAUGUGGAUGAGAGUUCUAGAUCGUCGAGGCGGAGUUCGACGUUUAUGAAUGUCGUUGCGCUUGGAAAUACUGGUGCGGGUAAAUCAGCCGUUUUGAACAGUCUAAUCGGACAUCCUGCUUUGCCAACUGGUGAAGGUGGUGCAACACGUGCUCCAAUAUGCAUCGAUUUAAAAAGAGAUGAUUCUUUAAGCAGCAAAUCAAUUGUUUUGCAGAUCGAUAGUAAAUCUCAACCAGUUUCUGCAAGUGCACUACGACAUUCUUUACAGGAUAGGCUCAGCAAAAACUCAAGUAAGAAUGAUGAGAUAUAUCUGAAGCUUCGAACAAGUACAGCUCCUCCGUUGAAACUGAUUGAUUUGCCUGGAGUAGAAAAAGGUGAUUCAGUGAGCAAAUAUGCCGAGCACAGUGAUGCAAUAUUAUUAGUUAUUAUACCUGCUUCACAAGCACCAGAUGUUUCCUCUGCAAAAGCCCUGAGAAUUGCAAAAGAAUACGAUGGAGAUAGUACAAGAACCAUUGGCGUGAUUAGUAAGAUAGAUCAAGCAUCUUCAGAACCAAAGGUUCUUGCAGCUGUUCAGGCUCUGCUUUUGAACCAGGGACCACGCAGUACUUCCGACAUACCUUGGGUUGCGCUGAUUGGUCAGUCUGUUUCUAUAGCGUCUGCACAGUCCGGAACUGUUGGAUCUGAUAAUUCACUAGAAACUGCUUGGCGUGCUGAGAGUGAAAGUCUUAAGUCGAUUUUAGUGGGAGCUCCUCAAAGUAAGCUUGGUAGACUAGCACUAGUGGAAACCCUUGCUCAACAAAUCCGGAAGCGUAUGAGCAUCAGGCUCCCAAACCUUCUAUCUGGGCUGCAGGGUAAGUCUCAAGUAGUGAAAGAUGAAUUAGUAAAGCUUGGUGAACAAAUGGUUAGUAGCUCUGAAGGCACAAAGGCCUUGGCGUUGGAGCUUUGCCGUGAAUUCGAGGAUAGAUUUCUACAACAUAUUACAACCGGUGAGGGUAGUGGAUGGAAGGUGGUUGCUAGUUUUGAGGGGAACUUUCCUAAUAGAAUUAAACAGCUCCCUCUAGACAGACAUUUUGACAUGAACAACGUCAAGAGGGUUGUUUUAGAAGCAGAUGGUUAUCAACCUUAUCUGAUAUCUCCUGAGAAAGGUCUAAGAUCUUUGAUAAAGGGUGUUUUAGAAAUGGCUAAAGAACCAUCCCGCCUUUGUGUUGAUGAGGUGCAUCGGGUACUCGUGGAUAUAGUCUCAGCUUCUGCAAAUGCUACCCCAGGGCUAGGAAGAUAUCCUCCUUUUAAGAGAGAGGUUGUGGCAAUUGCAACUACUGCUCUGGAAGGGUUUAAAACUGAAGCAAAAAACAUGGUUGUGGCACUUGUUGAUAUGGAACGUGCAUUUGUCCCUCCACAACACUUCAUCCGUCUGGUGCAGAGGAGGAUGGACAGGCAGAGGCGGGAAGAUGAGCUGAAAAACCGCGGUUCAAAAAGGGCAGUUGACGCGGAGCAGUCUAGUUCGAAUAGGGCAACUAGUCCUCAAACAGGAGGCCAACAACAAAGCGGCGGAGCAUUGAAAUCAUUGAAGGACAAGUUGAGUCGUUCAGAAAAGGAUUCACCAGAGACACCAGCCUUGAAGACCGCAGGUUCAGAAGGGGAGAUAACAGCAGGAUUUCUGCUGAAGAAAAGCACAAAGACGGAUGGAUGGAGUAGAAAAUGGUUCGUUUUAAACGAGAAAACUGGAAAGCUUGGAUACACCAAGAAACAGGAGGAGCGUCACUUCCGUGGAGUCAUUACUUUGGAGGAUUGUGUUAUUGAAGAUGCUUCCGAGGAAGAAGAACCCCCAUCAAAAGAACCCCCAUCAAAAAGUUCCAAGGAUAAAAAAGCAAAUGGUCCAGAUGCUGGAAAACCAAAUCUUGUUUUCAAGAUAACUAACAAGGUUGCAUAUAAGACGGUGUUGAAAGCUCAUAGUGCUGUUCUGUUAAAGGCUGAGAGCAUGGCAGACAAAGUUGAGUGGUUGAACAAGUUAAGAAAAGUGAUUGGAGUUAAAGGAGGCCAAGCGAAGGGUGAAAAUGGUACUCCUAUGAGACAAAGUCUCUCUGAUGGUUCUCUUGACACAAUGGCCAGAAGACCUGCAGACCCGGAAGAGGAACUCAGAUGGAUGGCCCAAGAAGUACGAGGUUAUGUUGAAGCUGUACUGAACAGCCUGGCUGCUAAUGUCCCAAAAGCUGUUGUUCUUUGCCAAGUAGAGAAAGCUAAGGAAGACAUGCUUAACAAGUUGUACAGUUCUGUAAGCUCCCAAAGUACAGCAAGGAUUGAAGAGCUGCUCAUGGAGGACCAGAAUGUAAAGCACAGAAGGGAGCGUUAUCAGAAACAAUCCUCCCUGCUUUCAAAACUUACGAGGCAACUUAGUAUCCAUGACAACCGAGCAGCCGCUGCCUCCAGUUUGUCUGGCGAUACCCCUGAAAGUAGCCCAAGGACCAAUGGGCCUUCAGCAGGUGAUGAUUGGAGAUCUGCUUUUGAUGCUGCUGCUAAUGGUCGUUCAGAUUCAUUUGGUAAUUCUUCAAGAACAGGUUCCAAUGGUCAUAGUCGUGAUCCUGCAGAAAAUGGUGAUGCAGACUCAGGUUCAAACCCUGGUGGCCGGCGCACCCCUAAUCGAUUACCACCUGUGCCUCCGUCUGGCUCUGGAUAUAGGUUUUAAACUUAAAAGUCUUAAUUAUACGAUGAGCUGGCUUCUUGCAUUCUUGCACUGUAGGUGUUCUGUCCUGCCUGCCUGCCUUUAUAGAGUUUCUUCCAGCCCAAAUUAUGCUUGAGUAGGUUUUGUAUAAUUUUACUAGUUUGUUUUUUGAAUAGACACAGUGAGGUUUUUAUCUCUCGGACCUUGUGCUUGCGGUUGUGGGGCUGUAAAUGUAUCUUUAUGUUCAGUUAAAUUUCCCCCUUCUUGGGGGCCUUCACCAUCAUUUAGAAAUAUUAUUGAAACGCUUUGGUUGUAUAUUUAGAAAAUAUUAUUAAAUCGAAAUAUAAUUUUGGAUAUUACUAGCA